AUGGUCUUAUUUGAGUCGAUAAAUAGAUUAGCCAAUCCAAAUACUGGUACCGGGCUCACGGGAAGCAGGCGCCGACGAAUAUUUGUGCCGCCCUCAACGCAACGACCUUUGUUCAUAUACGGCGACGGUGAUGAUCAAAGAUCUUUUUUAUCACUAAUUGAAAAUGGUUCUGAAUUUGAAUCUGAUCAGGAUGUUGCUGAUGUGGCGAGUGUUAGUACCUCGAGAUCAUUACCAGAUUCAUUGACUAGUGCACAAACAACAAAUGACCAGGAACUGUUUCAUACGUGGUUAGUGCAAGAACAUCAUCGACGCAUGUCUGAAGCGACUUCACAAAGUGAAGAUGAAGAAGAGGAAGAGGAAGGAGGAGAGGAUGGUGUAGGAAGAGGAAGAGGAUGGGGUGGCGGAGAAGAGAAUUGCACUCGAGAAUACGUCCAUGGAGGAAGAAGGCGAGCCAGUACAAUGUCAUCAAUAAGCUCUGAUUUUCCGAAUUUCGUCAAAUUGAGAACGAAUCCAGUUAGAGAAGCUAAAGUGCUAUUUCGUCAUUCCUCACCAUUGAUUAUUACAUUCAUUUUGGAGCACUUUUUCUCAGUAGUAUGUUUGAUAGUAGUUGGGAAACUAGGGACCAGCGAACUUGCCGCUGUGAGUUUGGCUACAAUGACCACUACUAUCACAUUUGCAAUAUUCGAAGGCACUGCAACUGCAUUGGAUACUUUAUGUCCGCAAUCUUAUGGAGCACGUAAUUAUAAGCUCGUGAGCAUAUUUGUACAACGGUGUUUUAUCUUUUCAUUAGUGUUGUUUAUUCCGUGUGGAAUUUUUUGGUGGUUUAGUGGGUCGAUUUUGAAAUUUGUAAUUGAUGAUCCUAUUGUUGUUGCUUUGACCACUCAGUUUCUACGUAUAUUGAUUCUUGGUGCUCCUGGGUAUAUCUUUUUUGAAAACGGAAAGAGAUUUCUACAAGCACAAGGAAUCUUUGAGGCUGGUACAGGGAUUUUGUUUGUUAGUGCACCUAUAAAUAUCUUCAUGUCUUGGUUUCUUGUUUGGAAUGGGAAAUUUGGAUUGGGAUACAUCGGGGCACCAAUAGCAACUGUCCUUCACUUUUGGCUCUUGCCUAUCUUGCUUGUUCUUUAUGUUAGAUUUAUUGAUGGUAAGAAAUGCUGGUUUGGAAUUGCUACAGUACAAGAGUUAACCAGUAAAUGGAAUCAGAUUAUCCACCUUGCUAUCCCUGGUAUAAUCAUGAUUGAGUCCGAGUAUAUGGCGUAUGAGAUUAUGACAUUGUUUGCAUCAUACUUUGGUACAAAGCCUUUAGCCGCACAAAGCGCGGUGUCUAGUAUUGCAUCUUUGGCAUAUAUGAUUCCAUUUGCAGUAAGUAUUGCUGCUUCAACUCGUAUUGCGAAUUUUAUUGGAGGUCAAAAUAAGACAGGCGCGGUAGUUGCUACAAAAAUAGCCAUGCUUGGUGGAUUAUUUGUGGCUACAAUCAAUUCAGUAUGCCUCUACACUUUUAGAAAGCAGUUGGCGCGGAUUUUUACCGAUGACACUGAAGUUAUCAGUUUGAUAGAGCAAUUAUUGAAUCCAUUAGUAUCGAUACUUCAAAUAUUUGAUGGUAUUGCGUCUGUUGAUAGUGGUAUACUCAGAGCUCAAGGGUUACAAAAGCUUGGAGGCUUUAUUAAUUUUGUUGCAUAUUAUGCAUUUGCAUUACCGUUGGCAUUAAUUUUAAGUAAGAUUUUGAAUUGGGGAUUAUUUGGAUUAUGGAUUGGCAUUGGGUGCGGGAUGUUUCUUAUCGCCAUUUGCGAGACAAUCCUUAUAUUGUUUACUGACUGGGAGCAAAUCUUGAUAAAAGCCGGUUUACUUUAUGAGUCGGACAACGAUGAUGAUAAUAUCUUUUAG